GACAAAGACAGGCAGUGCUAUAGCGGUUACUUAGACUUUGCCAGGUAAUUCGUGAGUACUUAGCCACGCACACCCUGCAAACCCUUAUUCAUUACCGCCAUUGAUAACCUGCUGCUUCCGCUCGACCUUAGUUCCCCCGUCAACAUCUUAAGAGCAUUAAAUUCUUCGGACAGAGAGAUAAAACGCAAAUACAGUUUGUGCGACUAUGGCGCAACCUUUGGGCGUAGCGAGCGGCCCAUCCCGCGAAGAGGUUUUGCGCCUCGUGCGCGGAUAUGGCUACGCUUCGGAGACUCAGCGACCGGACCUAAUCCCGCGACUCUUCAGCAAAGAGGCAGUAUACAAAGAGAAACCGAAGAGAAUCAUGUGUGGCAUCACCGCAAUCACGAAAUAUUGUGAGGACCACGUACGCAACAAGGAAGCCUCAGUGAAGUUUCACUAUUUCGAGAGUGCAAUGAUCUACGAGUCAGGUCACCAGCUCAGAACUUAAGUCACGAAAACGAAAAUGAAAAACGCACCUUCGGCAAACAAUUUGGCACUGGUGGUACUUACUAGUUUGAGCACAGCGCAAAAUGCAGGCACACAGAAGAAAGCAGCUGCUCUGCCGCAGGGGGUGCAUUGCUUCGUGGAAGAUAACAGCAACGGAGAGGAUAUCACAAGACUUCUUGUUACAACCGCACCACUGGAUCUUCGCACAACACUACAUGCCGGGCACGCGAUGGUGCAAUGGGAGGCGAAGUUCGACUCCGGAAUUGUGGUGAAAAAGAAAACGAAAAAGGGGGCAAUCAGAGAAGUCGCGUGGGUAAAAACGAACUCUGUGAACAUGUGCCAGAUGGCGCGACUGCGUUUUUGCCUAGAAGACGGACUCUGGAAAAUCUCAAUGCUGGCGGAGUGCCUCUAUCAUUUGCAUGCUUACGAAGGUGACCUAAAGAACAAGUCACUUGUGUGGAGUGCAGAUUGCGCGACCAACUUCGACGAACGCUACACAAAGUAGACAGCACCACCGGGGCUAUGGGACCCCGCACUCAUGCAUUGCAACACAGCCGCCGCCUCCUCCUCUUCUUCCCCGACGAAGGAAAACGUCGAACGAAUUAUAGUGCCUCCAUCCAUCGCUCCGGGUAGUACAAGAAAUUGUAAAUACAUUUCUCAAACUAUUCCUUCCACGAAAAGAUGAAAACUUGUCCCGAACCAAAAACGAGAGAAAGCUAGUUCCGAGCAAGCUCAGUCGCUGCAGGAGCAGCAGUACGCGAAACUGAAAACUCGUCGAAAGCUCCCAAAUUGAUCAAACGCUUAUCCGAAAUUACUGGCAAAAGGUCGAAGGGCCUCUUGCAGUCAGGGUAAGCGGCACUUCUAGCAGUGAAGCAUCGGCUGACGAAUCAGCAAAACAGGCACGACAGCCAACCACUACAUUACAAGAUGUUUCAGCGAAGAAGUCAGAAGGCAGCUCUACCUCCGUUGUCAACCCGACUUUCGUAGAGCCUCCUGCGAAGAAGAGGAAGCCCACUACGCAAGAAGAAGCACAAAGGCCACCUGCGAGUUUGGUGUGUGGUGACAACCCUUUCAGAGAUUCCUUCACCUUGCCAUGAUUGAUGCGCCUUGAACAUUGUGGACAAGCUCCUGCUUGUUGUGGUUGCCGCAAGCAUCACAAAAAUCCUCUCAGCACAUUGCUUACGUCUCUUUAUUGCUGUACAUUGCAUUUGGUGGUUUUUCUUGGUCUUUUUAGAUCUAUUGUUCUUAGUUGGUCUUACC